AUGUGUGUAUUGCAUACUUUUACUUUUACUUUUCUGUAUUACUCGUAUUCGAUAUAUAUAUAUAUAUAUAUAUAUAUAUAUAUAUAUAUAUAUAUAUAUAUAUAUAUAUUCAUCGGUCUCAUUCUCUCUCUCUUACACCUCCCCUCUUUCUCACUUUCAUUUCUCUCUUUCCCUCUCCUAUAUGCUUCUUUCUCUCUCUCUCUCGCUCUAAUCAUCCAACGCUAUCUAUCGCUUCUCCAUUUUUACAUCUCUUUUUCUCUAUCAACCCUCUCUUCCUUUUUAUCAUUUCCUCCUCUUCUUUCUCCUUAUGUCUCUCUCUCUCUUUCUCUCUCUCUCUCUCUGUCCUUCUUUUUCUUUCUGUCAUCCUUAUUUCAUUUACUUUCUCUUCUCUCUGCUUUUGCCUAUUUUCCCUCUACCUCGUUCGCCCACUUUGUCUCUUUUCUUUCCCCUCUCUUUUUAUUUUUCUUCUAUUUGGAUAUAUUUCUCUCUUCUUCUCUGGCUCUUUUAACUUUUCGCCUCUGUUUCUCUUUUUUCCCAUCCAUCUAUCUAUCUAUCUAUCUAUCUAUCUAUCUAUCUAUCUAUCUAUCUAUCUAUCUAUUUUCAUUUCUGGCUCUUUUACAAUCUGUAUAUAUAUUCUUUCCAUUUUUUCUUCUUUUCUUGCUCUUUUUUUAUUUCUUUCUUUUUUCCUCACACUUCUUCUUACCUAUUAUAUAUUUCUUUACUUUUUCCUUCUUUUCUAGGUCUUCAUUCUUUUUCCUUUGGUUUCGCUUUUUUAAAACUCUUCUAUUUAUAUUUCUUUUCUUUUUUCUUCUUUCCUCGCCCUUUGUCUUUUUCCUUUUAUUUCUCUUUCUUUUUCUACCUGUAUAUAUUUCUUUAUUUACUCUUUUUUCUCUCCUUUUUUUUUCUUUUCCCCUUUCUUUUCCUCUUUCUUUUUCUUUUUCUCACUCUUCUUCUAUCUGUAUAUUUAUAUUUCUUUCUCUUCUUUUUUUUCUCACACCCUUUAUCUCUCUCUCUCUCUCUCCCCCUCUCCUUCUCUCUGUCUGCCUCUCCCUCUCUCUCUAUCUGCCUGGUAGUCUUCUUGUGCGAGCUAUACAUAAAAAAAAUUUCCUCUUGCUCUUCAUCUCUCUCUCGCUGUCUCUCUCUCUCUCUCUUUCUAUCUAUUUAUCUAUCUAUCUUCUAUCUCAGUCUCUUCUUAUCUAUCUAUCUAUCUAUCUAUCUAUCUAUCUAUCUAUCUAUCUCUGA